AGGUGAAAGCUCUGUCUCCGCUGAGUGCUGCCCGCCCGCUGCCCCACCUGGUGCGCCAGGUCUCCUUCGACAGCCAGGACUUCCUCCAGGUCAAUGUUGAGGACACUGUCGAGAUGCUGCCCAAGUCACGGCGCGCGCUGACCAUCCAGGAGAUUGCCGCCCUGGCCCGCUCCUCGCUGCAUGGCAUCUCGCAGGUGGUGAAGGAGCAUGUGACGAAGCCGACGGCCAUGGCACAGGGCCGCGUCGCCCACCUCAUCGAGUGGAAGGGACGGCGCAAGCCAGGGGAACCUCCUCAUGUGUGUGUGACCCGUGCCUGUCCCAUGCCAGGUGUGGCGGAGCAGUUUGCCAUUGCUGAGGCCAAGCUGCGAGCCUGGUCCUCGGUGGAUGGGGACGACUCCAACGAUGAGUCUUAUGACGAGGACUUCAUGCCCUCCACAGAGAGCUCACAGCCCACCG